CUCCUCCUUCAGCGAUUAUGUCACAGACCCUCUCGGCACUUAGGGCCGGAAAUCCCUCUCUUCUCCCGACGUUAUCCUUUCCGCUUUCAAGUUUAACGGAAGCUGCCCGAUAUGCGAUUGACGCGCAGCACGGCCAAUCAACGCGCGCAGUUCUUGCGAGGGUUGGGAUGACUACACCAAAAAAAAAGCAGGACAUUUUUGAACAAGGUUCAAGAUGGCGCAGUUGAGUUAUAUUCGCGUUGUGGUGGAGAAAGAUGACAGUGCUGAGCGGUCCGAGCUGCCGUCAGCUCCCAGCACAGAGGUUCUCAAAGCGAACUCGGCUUUGAACGCCUCGUCGGAGCAUAAUAAAACCUCAACAAAGAAAAGGAAGAUGCAACCGUUGCCCGAAGGUUACCAUAAGCCUACGGUGGAAGUGCGUGGCGCCAAUCCGCCGGCUAGUUUGUUGCCGGUGGAGAAGGAUAAUGAUGGGAAAGACAGGGACAGAGAUCGGGAGAAGGGCAGUGGUAACACCAACAAACGUUGCCCGGAACUUGGUGUUAGCUCUAAAUAUACAGUGGCAACUCCCGUUCCUAGCCCUCUUCCUUCUCUCUACAGCUCCGUGACCUCUUCGCUCUAUCUCCACUCGAAAUCCAGUAAACCUUCCAAAGAAAAGUACAACAGCAGCAAAGAGAGGGAGAAGAAGCACAGGGCCAAGAAAGAAAACGGCAACGUCAAAUUGCUCCAGAAAGGUAACGGUGAAAAAAGGAAACUUAGCACAGAAGAAUUUCAGUUUAAAAAAAUAAAGAAGAAAAAGAAAAAGAAACACAAGGAAAGUGAAAAACGAAAACAGCCCAAAAUGUGCAGCAAGUCCAUUCAAACAGUUUGUUCAGCGUUAGUAUCAGAAAUCAAAGACCAGCAGUUGGCUUCAAUACAAGAUGAGAAAAAUCUAACCAUUCUCUACCCCGAUGGAUUGCCUGAAUGUCUAUCAGAGGAAAGUGAUCACCCUUUGCCUACUGUGUUCAGCAGUUCCAGUGUUGAAAACAAAAGUUCAAGGCAAAAUAACUUGGAAUUCAAAAGGUAUAUCCACAUAGAAGACCAGCCUAAUGGAGGAGCUUCGGUUGUGCAUGCCUACAUGGAUGAGCUCUCUUCGCUGUCUCCUGUGGAGAUGGAGAGAUUUUCAGAGGAAUUUGUGAAUCUGACAUUUAGUGAGAAUAAUUCUGCAGCCUAUUACGUCAUGGGUAUUGUUCAUGGAGCUGCUGCAUACUUGCCUGAUUUCCUUGAGUACUUUGCCUAUAGCUUUCCAAAUGCACCAGUGAAGAUGGAGAUCUUAGGAAAGAAGGAUAUAGAGACAACUACCAUUUCAAACUUCAAUGCUCAGGUGAAACGUACAUAUUCGCAUGGUACUUACAGGGCUGGUCCAAUGCGACAGAUCAGUUUAGUAGGAGCUGUGGACGAAGAAGUUGGGGACUAUUUUCCAGAGUUUCUUGAUAGACUGGAAGAAUCUCCGUUUUUAAAACGCACAUUGCCAUGGGGAUCACUUUCUAGUCUCAAACUUAAGUGCCGUAAAGAAAGUGAUGAUGGUCCUAUUAUGUGGGUUCGUCCAGGAGAGCAGGUGAUCCCUAUAGCAGACAUGCCAAAAUCACCUUUUAAACGACGGCGAACUACCAAUGAAAUAAAAAAUUUACAGUAUCUACCUCGUGCAAGUGAGCCACGUGAAAUGCUCUUUGAGGAUAGGACCCGAGCCCAUGCAGAUCAUAUUGGGCAGGGAUUUGAGCGUCAGACUACAGCAGCUGUUGGAGUAUUGAAAGCUGUACAGUGUGGAGAUUGGUCUGAUCAACCUCGUAUAACCAAAGAUGUGAUUUGUUUUCAUUCAGAAGAUUUCUUAGAGGUGGUGCAGAGGUUGCAGUUAGAUCUACAUGAGCCACCAUUGUCUCAGUGUGUUCAGUGGGUAGAUGAUGCAAAGCUCAACCAGAUAAGAAGAGAAGGUAUUCGUUAUGCUAGAAUUCAACUGUAUGACAAUGAUGUGUACUUCAUUCCCCGGAAUGUCGUACACCAAUUCAAGACUGUCUCUGCAGUAUGCAGCUUAGCAUGGCAUGUACGGUUGAAACAGUAUCAUCCAGAUGUAGGAGAUCCACCUGCUCAAGAUUGUGCUUAUGAAGGCUCAGAAUUACCAGCAGACACCAAGUGCCCAGUUAUGAAAAUGGAGACUGAAGACAAAAAGCUGGGUGAUGAUGAUACUGCUGAAAGUGCAAAACAUGAAGAAAUCAAGAUAGAACUUAAUAUCACAGAGCUCUCAGAAAUUAAAGUGGAGUCUGGAAGCACUGACUCACAGUAUGCAGCUGAACUGAAAGAUCUAGCUUGUUCAAAUACCAAAACUGACUGUGGAGAUGACGAACAGCUACUCUCAGUGAACACAGAUGUGCAUGAUUAGCAAAACAACUUUUCUUAUUGAUAUGUGUAUAUUCUUUGGAGCUUUUAUUUUUUUUAAAUGUAUCUUAAAACAAUGGUGUGAUGUUCUUGCUUAUGUAAGCUCUGUGAGGCAAGCUUGUUGCUGUUCUUAAGACUGUUACAUGGUAGGACAGAAAAGUACAUGUAGCUUUGUAACAUUCCUCAGUGCCUGUCCAUAACUGUGAAAUAUAACAGCACUUAGGGGGUGGGUGUACUGUCACACAGCAGGUUAAAUGGGGGGAGGGAGUUAAAAAAAUACUUUUUUAUUUUUAGAUAAAAAAGUAGUACAGGUAGAAACAAAGUUGACUUCGGCAUAUACUUUUUUGUAAGCUGAGCCAAAUUUGUUUCCCGAUUCAAGCUUAUCCAUAGAGCUUAUGUUAAAUUAGCUGCAGGUUUGAAUACUGAUAUUUGUGUCAACAUGGUAGUGUAAAUACAUUUUUAUUAUUAUGUAGUAUGAUUUCAAACUAAAUUCUGAACCGCUUAAUAAAGGUUCGGUGUACUUUGAUUUUUAUAUACUUAAAGCAUCAAUUGUACUAGCCUUUGGUUGUUUUACACCAGCAUUAUUUUAUUUCACCUAAUGUAGAUGUGAUGAAGUUUGUGUAACCAUGCAGACAAAUCCAGACUUUCUUUGUUCCCCUCGCAGAGGGGGAGCAAAAGGAAUAGAGUGCAAAGUUAUCAUAUUCUAGAUUUCAAAAUAAAGGUAUUCAUUAUGUGCUGUUCUCCAAG